GGCUCGAGACGCAGUCCCAUUGGCCGAACUCCCGCCGAAGGUUGCUAAGCAACCUCACAACCGCUGAGUGGGGGAGGGGAGAGCGGCGCGCGCGGAGACGCUCCCGUCCGGGGUGAGUCGGGGCUCCGCGGGGCGGACGGGCGGGGAAGCUUCGGCUGGAAGUGCGGGAGAGCCGGGGGGGCCCGGAGGGAAUCACGGCGGGGCGGGACGGGGGAGCGGGAAAAGGGGACCUUCCCUGCCCCAGAAAGAAGCGUUGCUGAUUGGGUGCCCAGUCAGCCCCGCCCACCUCUAGGUGCUUGGUCCCGCCCCUAGGGGAGCCCCGCCCCUUUCAGGGCUCAAAUAUCGCGAUAUCUCGACCGACAGCCCCGCCUCCCGAUUCCCUCAGGGGGGUUAACUUUAUGAAAAGAAGCAGCAAAAAAGGUUGCUUCUUUUACGGCUGUUGGGGAUUUGUUUAGUCUUUUAAGCUUUAAAUGGCCCCUGGGAGAAGGAAGGGCGGGGGCGAGCCUUUAAUAAACAAAAACACCUCACUCCCCCCCCCCAGUUAUGGUACUUGAGGCAUUUCAAUAUAUACUGUAUUUUUCUGUCUAUAAGAUCCCCCCCAUGUAUAAGACGACCCGUCUUUUUUGAGCCCAAAAGUAAGAAAUACAUAUUUUAAACAUUCCGUGUAUCAGACGACCCUCAAUUUUAAACUUAAAAAACUUGGGGGGGGGGAACAUAGUCUUAUACAUGGAAAAAUAUGGGGGGGGAGGGAGAGAGAGAGCAACUCACAAGUAAAUAAAUGAUGUCUAUUCCCAAGUGAUUCCAAAAGCACAUAUUAGACCCUUCCUGGUUUUCAAUUCAGUUAAAAAUUGGAUUUCUUUGUAUUCAAAGUUUCAUUAAGUCACUCAACAGGUACUUGCAGGCAGCAGUAGGUGAAAGUGCUCCACACACUUGGCUACGUUUUUUUGUUUUUGCAGGAGCUAUUAUGGAAAACCCAGUAGCCUUCAUGGACGGUAAGGAUGUACCAUGUUCAGCUUUCUCCUCUGAAGAAGCACCUGUGUCAGAUGUGCCUGGGACAUCGUUCAGGAGAGAAUCAGAUAGCCUUGAAGACUCGUAAGUGGUGAUAAUACAGAGUCUUCAUGUUAACAUGCUAGUCAAGUUUGGUUUCAUUCUUCACUGACAGAUAAUAUAGGCCCACAUAUGAACAGAACUAAGAGAAAGUUAAUCCUUCACAACUUGCAGAGUUGGGACAAAUAGUGGCACUAAAACUUUGUGUUGUUUGGAAUGCAGUAUUUCUGUUGCCAAAGUCCAUUUUAUUGUAUAUAGCCAAAGGCCUUUAUAAUGUAUAACAGAGAAUAAAAGAAAAACAUUCAUCUAAAAUCAUACAACAUAACCUGUAGCAGUUGUAAACAUAAAAGAAAUGUACAACAUUAUAUUUAAAAUUGGAGUGCAUUCAUGUAGCUGGAACGGAGCUUCUUGGCUGCCAGCGCAAAUAUGGCUACGUGGUGUGUAAUAUAUAGAUGUUUAUCUGCUUGGAGUUCAACUGUUGCUUCCUGUGCAGAUCGACCUGGAAGCCGAUUAAGAAUAUAAAUUUCCAUCUGGGCGUUGUAUACAGGGGGAAAAUCAGCAGAUAGUGUGUGAUGACAUCUAUAUAUACAUUUGCAAUCCAUAUGGAGAAUUCCCUGAUAUCUCCCCUCUAAAUAUGCUGAGGGCAUCUGUUGGAAUCUUAGUUCUGCAAAGGCCCUGUGAAGUUGUGGAAAGGUCAGAGUCUCAAGGUAACGGGGCCUUGAGUGAUUGGUCUUAAUUUGGGGGUACCAAGUAGAGUAAUGGGCGGCAAUGAUGGAUACUCUGUCUUGGUUGGCAUCCUGAUCAAUAAUCCAAUUUCUAAGGUCCCGUGGGCUAAGGGCUAAGUAGUUCUCCAUUUGAGGAUUAUAAGCCCUAAGCUUAUAUUGGCACUUUUCUGCCCAGCCCCCUGUCCUUGGUUGCUCUCACCAGCAGAGCUUAGUAAGAGUACGAUACUCGAAGGCAUUUAGCAUGCACCAGUAUCUCAGAUAGGCUAGAUCCAUUCUGGCUGCUAGCAAGGGGAGGCACAGCUCAGCUCUAAGGUGGGCUGCUGGUGUCCUGCAGGGAAACCCUAAAAUCUGCCUCAUAAAUUUAUUUUGUAGGCCCUCUAUUUCAGAUUUAACACCAGUUCCCCAUAUCUCAGCUCCAUAGCGCAUUUGGGCAAUGAUUUGAGAGACAAAGAUUUUAAUAGCUGGGUUGAUUAGCUGCCUGCCCUUUGAAUGGAAUAACGUAUAUAGCUGCCCAGUAGAACGACCAGAUAUUAGCUUAAUUGCUUCUGUUUGAUGACUUCUUUUGCCAGUCAGAGUCUGUAUGAUGGUGCAAAAUAAGGUGAGUGGAGGUCUGGAGAAGGGACUCUGUGUGCUAGGAUGAUUCUCUGCCAGCAGAAGGAGGUGCACCAACGUUGGCCCUUGCCUGCUUGGGUACAGAAGAAAACACAAGGGGAAGGGGAAUUGUACCCUAUGGACACAUGUCCUGAGAGCCCAGUUCUCCUUUCCAAAGAUCCUUUUUUAAAGCAAAGAGAAAUUCCCACUUCACUGCUUAAGAGAUCUCAGUGGAAGAGAGAAAUUGCACCCUGUAAAAUUAUACUACAAAAAUGUCAGCUAUUGUUUGCUGCCAGAAAGAUCCUGGAGGAGAGGAAAUUGGGAUCCAAAGCCACAGUCCAUGACAUAUUUCAGCAACAAAGACUUGCCUCCCUUUUGCCAAAUGUGGGAUUGUGGAGAGGCAGAAUAUACCCUGUAAAUGUCAUGUGUCCCCACUCAUUUGUCCUGCAUUUUACAUAUAGCUUCAUGUAGUUGAUAGAUUCUUGUACUUAACACAGUUUAGAAUGGGAUAUUGUUUACUUGUGUUUUAACAAACUAUAAUUAGUUGACAGUGCUCAUGUCUUUUUAUAUUCACAUUCAGUUGAAAUUCACUUCUAACUCUCAAGCAUUCUCCAUACAAUUGAAACUCUUUAAAAAUUACUUUCAGCAAAUUAACUGGUGAUGUCUCUGGAGCCACAGCCGGUAUUGACACCAAACCUAAAUCCAUACAUCGUGCCAAGAUAUGGUCAGGUGAAGUUGAGAAUCUCUACAGAUUUCAGCAAGCUGGAUAUAGGGAUGAAAUUGAAUAUAAACAAGUGAAGCAUGUAGACAUGGUAAGACUUCAUAAUUAUGCAAGCAUUUUGUAGUUUAGUGGCAAACAUUCUGUCCUUUUAAAAUAUUGCAUAUAAAUGUUUUCUGUGACCAUAAUUCAUUUUUUUAUAUUUAUGUUCUCUGCUGAACUGAUUUGCCCCUGUGUACACCCUCAGAAAAUGAAGAACAAGAAGAACAAGAAAGCUUUUAGGCUGUGUUAGGGGACCAGUAACCUUUCACUUGGAGUCUACCUCAAAUGUCUUGUCCCAUAGGAACCAAUUUGGGAAGCUUCACUGGCUUAUAAAAGCUAUUGGUGUCUUUGUGAAUCAGUAGCGGUUAUUCAAAUCACACCUCCAUCUCAAGACGUAUUUGCAGGUCUAGCAAUCAGUGUACAUUACCCUGAUCCAACGGGAUCAAGAGUUCAUUGUCCAUGUAUACCAACCAUGAUUUCUUCCCAUUCACAAAAUUCACAUCAGAAAUGAGGUGCAGUAACAGCAAUCCUAGGCUUACUCAGAAAUAAGUGUGAUUGAGUUCAAUAUUCAAUACUCAGUUCUCAGUUCUCAGUUCUCAAUUCAAUAUUCAAUACUCCUAUUCAGGACAGACCCACUGUCAUCAGUGGACAUGACUUGUCCACUGAUUUCAGCAGGUCUGCUCUAAGUAUGGUGUAUGGGGUGUUGGGGAGGGGUAGUACCUCUGAUGGGGGACAUGUCAUGCUCCUUCUGGGGUAGUUUGUCCACCUUUGGUCCCCACUCUGCACUCAACUCUUACCUGUGUCUCCUAGAAGCUGUCAGGAUGUGACAGUGGCCACACCCUGGGAAACAGCUUCAACUGACUGGCUAAACCAGGAGGAAGCUGGUGGGUCUCCAGCCCCCCUGAUAAGUUAGGGUUUUCCCCUGUAGGCCAAGACAGGCUCUGGUGGAUUGAGUGGCUGAGACUGAUAGUGGGUUCAACGGUCAAGAAGGCGGUUUUUGCACAUGCUAUGGAUGGAAGUGAGGAGUAGACAUGAAUCUGGGAAGGGAGCUCAUCUAGAAGAAGGAAAACUCUGAUCCUAAACCUCUGCACCGUUGCGGGAUACCUUUGGCAGAAGAAAAGGCUAAGAAGUACACCCUGCAGAAUUCUGGAGUCCAUAAGGCGGUUGGAUGGUGCCUUGUAUGCCUCCUUCCAUCAGCACCUGCAGCCAAACUGGUGCCAAACGUCUUGCUUUGCUUUCCUCUGUACCCCGUCAGAGAGACUGAGAGGAGGGUCUUGUUGUCUGGGCAGCCCAGGACCUCCAGACACACUGCCCAGGCUUGUUCUUCAGGGAAGUCAUUUCAGUGCUGCUGGCACAACAGUUUGACUUCUCACCCCCAGACGUGCACUCCAUUGUCUCUUGAGUCAGAUGGAUACCAAUAACUCUGAGUAGGACUCAGUUGGAUCCUACCCCAGGUGCAGAAAUUCUGACUGUCAUGAUUUUGUGUGCAUGUGGUGGUGGAACACACGAACCUGUUUCCCUGACUUUUGAUUACUAUUUGGUAGGGCCACUGGGUGUUGUAUGCAGGUCUCCACUUCGCCAACCAGAUCACUUUUUGAGUCUCUCAGAGUGCAGAAGAAAUGUAUGAUACAUGAAAUACACUGGCUGGAAUUCAAGGAAUUGCAUAAAUAAUUUCACAUGCUCAAGAACACUUUGUACCAGCAUUUAUGAGCGUCAGCUCCUCUCCUUACACAUAGCAUGCCAUUAUUGAAUCUGAAGGGACGUUCUGAAGCAUUUGGAGGGUUUGAUAUAUAAACUAGAAAGCCAAAUAUCCCACCAAGCAUGCCCAGCUCCUUGGGAGUGCUUAAAGUAGCUGUUUGGAUCCUGGCCAUGAGUACAGCUCAGAAGUGGCUCUUCAUAUCAUUCAGCCAUGAGAAAUGGAUUGUCUCUGCUUUUUAAACAACUGAAUGGCUGAUAGUUAGUUUCACAGUGUGUGGAGGUUCUGGUAUCCUUGACUAAUCAACAGGAAUCACACACUUAACAGGGGGAGGAGGAGAAUUCUGGUAUUACAGCUGCAUUUCAUGUACGCUCUGGCUACAUACCAUACAUCUGGCAUUUACCUGCUAAAGGAUUGCCUGCACACCUUCCUGCCUGAGGAGCUGUUAUGGUCAUGCCCACUCCAGCAACAAUGAAACCAGCUUGGACUGUAAAGAGGCAGUUAUUAGGGUGCUCUGGUGCUGUUCAUCCUACUCAGUAAGGUUGAGCAGUGAAAAUGUUUCCUCCCCAGGGGGACAUGAUGCCCCAAACAGGCUUUCGCACCCUCCAGCAUUUCAUUUUGAAGAAUUAAUCCCUGUUAAGAUUGUUUUUUCCAGGUGAGCAUUACAGAGUCCUUUGUAGUCACCCAAUGCUGACAAUAAUGAGAAUGAAUGGAGCUGGACCUUUUAGCCUUCCAGCUUCUGACCCUUCAAAACCCCUAGAUUUUUUGAGAACCAUCAUGGAACAUACGGCUUUCUGUGUUUUGGAUUUCAUAAAAGCUGUUACCCUGGGAAAUUCAUAUGUGCCAGAGAACACAGAGUUUCUCCCAUUUUGUUUAGAGCAGAUUUUGUUAGAGCAGAUUUUAGCUCAUUUAUUCAUAGAGGAACUGAGCACCCUAAAUUUACCAUUGAAAACAUUUGAAAGUAUCCUUUACUAAUUGAGAUGAAUGACCUGCAAGUGGAUGGUGGUCACAAGACUGGAUAAAACAGUAAAAUAUUGUGGAAUUGAAGAUUUGUUUUUGUUCACUUUGGUUCUCUGUAUCACUUUAUUCUUUCUGAGAAUCCAUGACAUAUUUAAGAUCUCACAGAGGUAGGGAAACAGCUUCAUUUUGUGGAGGAAGCACAAGUACAGAGAUGGUUAUAGAGGUACAGAAUUGGGGAGCAUCAACUUAAACUAUUCAUCACAGAUUACAAUCUAGAUAUCUUAUCAAAUAUGCAAAAUGUAUUAAUGAAACACAACCAGGACCUGCACCAGCCAAUCUGCCCAUCAUGCUGCACCAUGGUUUGGUGUUCUGUCCGUAAGCCAAGCUUCUGACUCUUACGCUCCCCAACUCCUCUCUUCCUCCUGCACAAAUAGGAGAAGGAUGUCAGUAUUACUGUUAGUUUUCACAAGCUGUUACUUGUCAUUACAUACGAACUGGGGAUCACAGCUUAAUCAAUUAAUUAUACUGACCCCCAGGGCCCCAGCCCUUCAUUGACUGGUCCCAUAUUACCUAGAGUAUCACCAUUUACAUGGAUGUAUAGGGUGUUGGGGGAGAGGUUGUGCUCCUUCUGGCGCCGUUUGUCCCCCUUCGGUCCCCACCCUGCACUCGGCUCUCAACUGUGGCUCCUAGAAGCUGCCAACCUGUGACAUUGGCCACACUCCAGGAAGCAGCUUUGAGUGGCCCCAGAUGGAACAUCUGAGGAACUGCCUCUCUCCUAACACUGCAUGCACUGCACUUAUAUAUCGUCGCUGAUGGGUACCUUUUUGCAUUGUGCCGGCUGUUUGAAAGACCUGUGCAUCCCACCCUCUUGUCCUUCUGCACACAGGUGGAAAGGUGGCCUGAAACUGGAUUCGUGAAGAAGCUUCAGAGAAGGGACAAUACUUUCUACUAUUACAACAAAGAAAGAGAAUGUGAAGACAAAGAAGUUCAUAAAGUCAAAGUUUAUGCUUACUGAUUUUUGUUACGCCCCAGUGUUGUUGUUUUUCUAAAAGUAAAGUGCAUUGAAAUCCUAAUUUUGUUGUUGUGAAUAAUCUGGAAAGCAUUAAACAAGUUGUUUU